GGCGGAGCCCGGAUGAAGUGUAACGCCAUUACCGCCAGAGCCGCCGAGAGCCGUAGCGGACGCGCAGUGGACGCUGACCGGCCGCACCAUGAGACUCCUCCCCCGCCUGCUGCUGCUGUUCCUGCUGGCCUUCCCCGCCGCCGUGCUGCUCCGCGGAGGCCCGGGAGGGUCAUUAGCAGUGGCUCAAGAUAUUGCAGAAGAUGAAGAAACAGUGGAAGAUUCAAUAAUUGAAGAUGAAGACGAUGAAGCUGAAGUAGAAGAAGACGAACCCACAGAUUUGGCAGAAGAUAAAGAAGAAGAAGAUGUGUCUGGUGAACCAGAAGCUUCACCGAGUGCAGACACAACUAUCUUAUUUGUAAAAGGAGAAGAUUUUCCAGCAAACAACAUCGUGAAGUUCCUGGUAGGCUUUACGAACAAGGGGACAGAAGAUUUUAUUGUUGAAUCGCUAGACGCCUCAUUUCGUUACCCUCAGGACUACCAGUUUUACAUCCAGAAUUUCACAGCUCUUCCUCUGAACACCAUAGUGCCACCCCAGAGACAGGCGACUUUUGAAUAUUCCUUCAUUCCUGCAGAACCCAUGGGGGGACGGCCUUUUGGUCUGGUCAUCAAUCUGAACUACAAAGAUUUGAAUGGCAAUGUAUUCCAAGAUGCUGUUUUCAAUCAGACAGUUACAGUUAUUGAAAGAGAGGACGGGCUAGAUGGAGAAACAAUUUUUAUGUAUAUGUUCCUUGCUGGUCUUGGGCUUCUAGUUGUUGUCGGCCUUCAUCAACUCCUGGAAUCUAGAAAGCGCAAGAGACCUAUACAGAAAGUAGAAAUGGGUACAUCGAGUCAAAAUGAUGUUGACAUGAGUUGGAUUCCUCAGGAAACUUUGAAUCAGAUCAAUAAAGCUUCUCCAAGAAGGCUGCCCAGGAAGCGGGCACAGAAGAGAUCAGUGGGAUCUGAUGAGCGCAGAAAGAAGGACGCACACUGAGGGAACCCUGCAGCUCGGCCAUCCUCCUGUCUCAGGUGCAUGACGUGCCUGCCUCAACUGCUUCCGGAAGUUUGCCUAGACCGGUGGUCCCCGGAUGUCUUCUCUGCACCGACUUGCUGUUUGUGAGAUUUAGGACAGCACCAGCUGCUCAGCUGAACCCUCUCUGGCGUCGCCGCUGGGAAUGGCUGUCACCAGGGCUUUGUGGCUGAUGAACAACCGCUGCUGGGUGUUGUCUCAGGGUGGGGUGUUCCCAGGAAGCCCAGCAGCUCUGACAGCUAGUGUGGAGGAGAGGAGGAGCCCAACCAGCCAGGAAUGGAGGAGCCUCAGACCAAGCUCUAGGGUCACUUGGGUCAGUGGGCUUUCGUGUCCCCACAUCAUCUAUGUCCUCAUGACAAAGGUGGCGGGAGACAGAGGAGUCUAUGAAGCGAGCUAGCAUACCUCCUUCAUUGGACACAACUCAGCAACUUCCAUGAUUGAGGAAAUGGUCAUGAUGCGCGUCCUCAGCUGUGCUUACAGGAGGCCUCAUAGGGCUGAGUGGCCCCGCCCCCACUCCACAGGCCCACUGGUGGGGUUGAGCCAGACACCGGAGUCAGUACUGCUUCCUACAAGUGUAGAUUCCCCUAGCUGGCUCUCGGGCUGUUUUCUGUGUGUUGACGCUCGCCGUGAGCUUGAACCACGUUGUUGGGAACCGAGUUAAAUUGCUUUGGAUCAAAUUGGAUGGAAAUAAAUUGAUGUGAAAGGCUUACA